GACGCCAUGUAGCAAUAUUUUUAUCAUGCAAAGCUGCAACAGCAACAAAACGAGUUAACUAUCAAUAUAGACUUUAUAUAAAUAAAUAAAGAACUGCGAUGCUUUUUCGACCAACCACAUGCUUCACGUAACUUAACUAGCAAGCUACGUAAAAGAACGGCAGAAGUCAUAUACAGUGGUGGGGAUCCCUAAACGUUUCUGUUAAGCACUUGAGGAGGGACGCCCAGACUUUCAGAAGUGAAACAAGAUCAGGAGCGGCUGGCUAGGAGCAGACACCAGAGGAGACGGGGAUGAAAUAUCAGAUCGGCUGAGAGGCACGGCGGGCUGUGGAGUCCCCUUCUGAGCCAAGAACCAGGGAACCAUCCUGGCCCACCCUGAAACUGAGAAACCGACAUGGGUAAGCACAACAGCAAGCUCCGCCCGGAGGUGAUGCAGGACCUGCUGGAGAGCACGGAAUUCACCGAGCACGAGAUCCAGGAGUGGUACAAGGGCUUCCUGAGGGACUGCCCCAGUGGGAACCUGUCCAUGGAGGAGUUCAAGAAGAUCUACGGCAACUUCUUCCCCUACGGUGACGCCUCCAAGUUCGCCGAGCAUGUCUUCCGCACCUUCGACGCCAACGGCGACGGGACAAUAGACUUUCGGGAGUUCAUCAUCGCGCUGAGCGUCACGUCGCGCGGGAAGCUGGAGCAGAAGCUGAAGUGGGCCUUCAGCAUGUACGACCUGGACGGCAACGGCUACAUCAGCAAGGCCGAGAUGCUGGAGAUCGUGCAGGCAAUCUACAAAAUGGUCUCUUCCGUAAUGAAGAUGCCGGAAGAUGAGUCCACUCCGGAGAAGAGGACGGAGAAGAUCUUCCGACAGAUGGACACCAACCGCGAUGGCAAGCUGUCCCUGGAGGAGUUCAUCAAGGGGGCGAAGAGCGACCCCUCCAUCGUCCGUCUGCUCCAGUGCGACCCCAGCAGUGCCGGCCAGUUCUGAUCACACGGGGGUUCCAUGCUGACUUGCUUUUUGGGUUAACUUCCCCCGACUUGGCGAUGUGUCGGGCGUUUACGAGAAAAUCCCCCUUCCCCCGCCCUUUGGAGAAAUCGAAGACUUGCCUUCGGACAAGAGCUGAGGACGAGGGUAUGGAUGUUUAGCAUUUUAGCCUAGCGCAGGCUAGUCCUUUUAAAGAAAAAAGGAUACUGAGAAUGGGAACCCAAGCAUUUAAUAAAGUCCUUGAAAAGCCACAGUUCGUUAUUUAAAAAAUGAAUGACUUUUGACUGGAGUUUGGUGGUGGUCACAUGCAGAUUUGAGCUUGUUAUUGUAAACAGAUUCAAGGAGAGAGAGAAAUGUAGGCCUAUAGAUAGAUAUAUUCUUAUACUUGGAGAUUAAGUUGUGGCAUUUGCCCCACUGAAAGAGAUUCAUUUUGUUUUUGUCUUUUUAUUGUUAUUAUUAUUAUUAUUAUUAUUAUUAUUAAGCAUAAUAAUAAUGUAGUUUUUCUUUAAGUCAUGGCAAACUUGAUUCCUCAGUGUUUGUUUUACAUCUGUGCAAGGAUUUUGAAGUUGUAUAAAAAGAGAGCAAGAUGACCACGCAUUUUGCUAUGCAUAUACUUUGUACAGUUUUUAGUUUUUUUUUUGGAGGAUUACACUCACAGGUAUUUGUCCCAUUUCAUGAAGAAGCAGCCCACCCUCAAGUAAUGCUCUGUCCCGCAUGUUUCUGGAUAUGGCAGAGUUCAGAACUAACAUCAGCUGUUGCUCUGCACAUCAUUCCUGUUUACUAAUGCAAUAUUACUAUAUAUACUGCACAUGGGGGAAGAAAGGUUCAGUGUCGCCAUUGUGAGCUUUUGAGCGUUAGUUUUUCUUUCAUUCAUUCAGCUUACAUUUAAUUUUUUUUUAAGAAAAGAGUCUCGUCCAGAGAGAAGACAUCAGGGGAACUGAGAGGAUACACUUGGUUUUUCUUUGUUGUCAUUUUUAAAGCACAUUAUUGCUUCUAAUUGCAAAGUACUCAUCCUGAAACAUGUGCUAGAAAGGCACUCCAAGCUGUAAGAUGGGCUGUGCUUUUUAAUUAAAAAAAAAAAUGUGAAAGGAAUUUAAUGAAAAAAGGUAGAUUAGCAUGAAAAUAAUUUUUCAGGCAGGAAUUUUGCGUGAAACAGUAAAAUCUUUGCAUCAACUUUUAAAUGUUUUAAGUGGUGCAUGUAAAGCUAUUUGAUGUUUUUUUUGUAGUUUUAAAACGUGUGGGUGAAAGGGAGGCGGUGUUAUAUUAAUACAUGCAUGUGUGUUUGUGUGAAUAUGUACAUAAUAUCAGUGGUAUGUGAUCACCACCAACACAGUAAUGCUCCAGUUAACAUUUCAGUGCCUGGUGUCGUAGAAACCUGUCCAAAGCUUAUAUGUUUACAGUGAAAUGACAAUACAUGUAUUGCACAGAAUCUACAGCUAUUUUACAAUAAGUAUGCUUUAUAAAAAAAAGGUUAAAUUUUUAAAAAAUACAAGCUUCCCUGUUGACUACGAUGGAUGCUUUGUGCUCAGCAAUUAUACGCCAUGUUGCCAAGCCACUGAAAUGUUUGUAUGUGGGCACACACAUGCACAUGUAUAUUCUUCUGUAUAAGUAUUGUGAGGGAACUUCAUAAUUGGGUGUACCGCUUUCGUUGUCGAGUGAAGGUUCGAGCAUGGUGUACGGAGCAUCUGUGCUUAUUUAACCCUGUUGAUGACUAAACACAGGUCUAGUGAGAACCCAAACCCCACCCAGACCGCACACCACAAAGAGACUGAGAGGUGACAUUCGGAGCUUGAGCUCUGAACUUCAUCACCCAUAAUGCUCUCUGGGAACCGUUUUUGUGCCCUUUGAAUUCGCCCCAGCUCUCCCUCCCUCCCUCCCCCGGAGCUCAGGCAAACAAAAGUACUUAUUUUCCUUGAAUGUAACUGUGGCUUCAAGCCCUAUGAUCCAGCGGUUUCAAUUACUGAGCUAGUCGAUUGGAAAAAUUUGAAUGUUUUUGAAUAACUGCUGUUUUGUAAGUGAAAUAUUUUUUAUUACAAGCCUAUGAAAACAAAGACCGGAAUUUCAACCUCUGCAAUGAUUUUAAGUUUUAUGCUUUUUUUAAAGAAAAAAAAAAUGGUAUCAGGCAUAACAUUUCUGUAUUACACAUGAGAGCAUAAUGUGGCAAAGUGCCAAAUAUACAAAAAUCAGUAUUGUAUAAAUUUAUACUGUAAAAUUAUCUGUCAAACACAAUGUUUGUAAUUGUUGCAUUUUGUAGAUUUUGUAUGGUAAUCUGUAUUUUGUGACGGUGUAGUUUAUAAACAUAGGAUUAUGUUUUAUCUUAUAAAGCAACAAAAAAAUCUG